AUGGACAUGAAAUAUGGUCAAACAGUGAAGAAUAUUUUCACAUCAGCAAAUGAAUUAGUCGAACAAAUUUAUAAUGAUCAACAAGCACAAAGAAAAUCUCAUAGUACUGAUUUACCAAUGACUUUUAUGCAACAAACGAUGACACCCAUCUAUUCUCAAGUCGUAUCGGAGUCUUCACAUCAAAUAUUUGAUAGUGAAUUUAUGUGGUCUCAAUUAUUAAUUGAAAUUUUACUACGUAUGAAUUUGGAAUCGAUAAAAAUACAUUUUCAAGAACUACUCUCAAUAUGUAGAAAGCAAUAUGGUUAUAAUGAAACCAAUAUAAAAUAUAUUACUGAAUUAGAAACGACCUAUAAUGCAAACCAAGCUAUAUGGUGGUAUACACGUGAAACAUUUUUUCAAUAUAUUUUAAAUUGUGCUCUACGACGUCAAAAUAUUGAUUUAUUAGUUAAAUUCUCUUUUCUUAUACGUGAUAUGAACGAACAACUUAAAGUAAAAUCAAAUUUUAACCAUUCAAUUGUUCAUCUGUAUCGCGGUCAAUUGAUGACAAUAGUUGAAUUUGAUAAUUUAAAAAUGAAUAUUGGCAAAUAUGUCUCGAUGAAUAGUUUUCUAUCAACAACUAAAAGUUGCCAAGUAACUUUACUCUAUGCCGGAACAGAUAAUGUCGAUUUAACAAAAGUUUCAAUUCUAUUUGAAAUUGAAGUUGAUACUCAAGCAGAAGAUAGAAGGCCAUUUCGUGAUAUAACGGAACAAACUACUAUUGAAAGCGAAGAAGAAGUAUUAUUUAUGCUUGGAAAUAUAUUCAAAAUUCAUAAUAUUUGUUGA